AUGACGCUGAAGGCAAACUACUUUGCAAAUAUGUUGAAGUCAACAUAUAAGCCUUCUUCAAGCAUUCCACCACCUUUACCACCUGGAUGGACAGAACACAAAGCUCCUACCGGCCAUACUUAUUAUUAUAACGCGAACACCAAAGAAUCUACCUACACACGACCGACCCCAUCACCCCUCCCGACAGCUCCCGCUAUCGCUCAACCGCCGCCUCCUCCAUCCCUCGAAGGUCCCCAUGCGAGCUUUUCCCAAUAUUCAACUGUACCUCAGCUUUCCGAUCCCGCGACCGCGAAUGCUUUCCUCGCCCAAUAUGAUCCAGUGCGCCAACGUUCCGGCCAACAACAUGGUCGCGGUGGACAUCGAGGCGGUCCCGACGGGAGAACCGAUCGCCCACGUCCCCAACCGGUAGAUAAACCGAAAUCUAAGGUCGCCAUACCAGGCUGCGAACCCUGGUUGCUCGUGUAUACCAAAUAUGGUCGACGAUUCGCGUAUAAUCCCACGAAGAAUGCGAGCUAUUGGCGAAUACCCGAGAAGAUAAUGAAGGGCGUGCUAGAGUUAGAUAUUAAAGGGAUCAAGGAGAAAGUAGAAGGUCCCCAAGAUGAAAGAGCAACUGCUGAAAAGUCCGCUUCUGCGGAACCGCAAAGAGGAAUUUCCGCUGGACCUGCGACAGAGGAAAUAGAGGAAGAGAAAGAGCAGGUUGAAAUUGGCUCUGAUUACGAAGAGGUUGAAGUCACAGACGAUGAAGAUAUGGAAGACGAAGACGGCGAACAUGCUGAAGCUGGGGAUGACGAAAAUGAACACCCCUCUAAAAGACAGCGCACAGAAGACCCUACAGAAGGCAUGCCCGUGGAAUUCAAUGAAGAUGAUAUCGUAUAUCAAUUACGAGCUAUGGGCGAAGAAUAUGACCUCGAUCCAGGCGAGUACGAUGACGGAAAUCCAGACGCUUGGCCUGAAGGCGCUGAGGGCGUACCACUUUCUGAGGCAGACGCAAGGGAACUAUUCAAAGACCUUUUGAACGACUACAGAAUUAGCCCAUACUCCCCAUGGGAGAAACUAAUCGAAGACGGGCAUAUCAUCGACGACGCUCGGUAUACCGUGCUUAAUACUAUGAAGGCGCGCAAAGACGUAUGGGAGGAGUGGAGUCGCGAGCGCAUUCGAAUCCUCAAAGAAGAACGCGCCAAGGAGGAGAAAAAGGACCCUCGAAUUCCGUACCUCGCCUUCUUACAACAGAAAGCGACGCCGAAGCUUUAUUGGCCCGAGUUCCGUCGCAAAUACAAAAAGGAGGGACCUAUGCGCGACUCAACACUCGCCGAUCGCGACCGCGAGAAAUGGUAUCGAGAACAUAUUAAUCGCUUGAAACUUCCUCAGGAUACCCUAAAGAAGGACCUCACGGCACUUUUACGCAGUGUGCCUCUCAGCGCUCUUAAUAACAAAACACCCAUGGAAAAUCUUCCUCCGCAAAUACUCGCUGAUAUGCGCUACAUCAGCCUUGACCUGCAGACCCGUGACCCUUUAAUUGGAGCUUACAUCCAGACUUUGGGACCACCGCCUUCAGAAAAUGAUGUCGGCGAGGAAGACGAAGCAGCGCGUAAGGCCAGAGAGGAACGGAGGAAACGAGAGAAGGCACUAGAGGAUCGAGAGCGCGCCGUUGCCGAGGAGAAGCGUAAGCAAAAGCGACAGCUCGAGUACGGAAAGGCUGCCUUGCGGGAAGAAGAAAGAGAGCUGGAGAGAGCUAUGCACGUUGGGAAAAAGGGUUUACAAAGUCAAUUAUUGGCUGCACAUAAAACCAAUGAGCCCAGCGGGUAG